AUGGACUGGCAGACCGGAUUGGUGGUCCCCAUUUUUAAAACAGGGGACCGGAGGGUGUGUGCUAACUAUCAGGAUCACACUACUCAGCCUCCAGGAGAAGCUGCUGCUGAAAGGCUCCGGCUGAAUGUUGAAUCUGAUUCAGGAGGAGCGAUGUGGAUUCUGGCCGUGGAACAGUGGACCAGCUCUUCACCCUGCAGGAUCCUGGAGGGGUCAUGGGAGUUCACACAUCCAGUCUACAUGUCAGGCUUAGGGCCGUGUCCCUCGGCGGACCUUAGGAUCAACAUGGCUGUGAGCUUCAGCAGCAGACCGGGACUCUUCCUCCUGAGCCGCUGCCGGACCGGACCGGUACUCCACCGGUGCCUCUCCUCCUCUUCCUCCUCACCAACCUCACCAACACCACCGGGCACGUGGAGCUCGCAGCUGUCCCAGCUGUCGUACCGGGAGCUGUACCGGCUGUCGGUCACGGACCCGGAUCGGUUCUGGGGCUCCGCCGCCACUGACAGGCUCCGGUGGGUGAAACCGUUCCACCGGGUCCGGGACUGUGAGCUCCGCAGCGGGAGGAUCAGCUGGUUUCUGGGAGGGAAGCUCAACGUGUCCGUAAACUGUCUGGACGUCCAUGUAGAGAAACAUCCGGACCGUGUGGCUCUGAUCUGGGAGCGAGAUGAACCUGGCACUGAGGUGAAAGUCACCUACAGGGAACUGCUGGAGACCACCUGCCGCUUAGCCAACACCCUGAAGAGCCAUGGGAUCCAGAAAGGUGACACGGUGGCCAUCUACAUGCCCGUGUCGCCGCUGGCGGUGGCGGCCAUGUUGGCGUGUGCACGUAUCGGUGCGGUGCACACGGUGGUGUUUGCUGGCUUCAGCUCCGACGCUCUGGCAGGACGGAUCCAGGACGCUCAGUGUAAAGCAGUGGUCACAUGUAAUCAAGGCGUACGCGGCGGCCGGCUCAUCGAUCUGAAGUCGACCGUAGAAGCAGCGGUGAAGAACUGUCCAAGUGUCCAACAUGUGUUUGUCUCUCAGAGGACAGAAAUCCCGGCUGUGAUGGGACCUCUGGACGUCCCUCUGGAGGAGGUGAUGACUCAGCAGUCUCCAGUUUGUCCUGCGGAGCCUCUGGACAGUGAAGAUCUUCUGUUUCUUCUCUACACAUCAGGAAGCACCGGGAAACCUAAAGGCAUCGUCCACACACAGGCUGGAUACCUGCUGUAUGCAGCACUCACACACCAGUACGUGUUUGGUUACCGUGACGGCGACGUGUUCGGCUGCGUGGCGGACGUCGGCUGGAUAACGGGACACACAUACGUCGUUUACGGGCCGCUGUGUAACGGCGCCACCACCGUGCUGUUCGAAAGCACACCGGUCUACCCGAACCCAGGGCGGUACUGGGAGACGGUGCAGCGUCUCAGGAUCUCUCAGUUCUACGGCGCUCCGACGGCGCUGCGUCUGCUGCUGAAGUACGACGAGAGCUGGGUGACGAAAUACGACCGCUCGUCUCUGAGGACGCUCGGAUCAGUGGGAGAGCCCAUCAACCAUGAGGCUUGGCAUUGGUUCCAUGAUGUGGUCGGAGAGGGACGAUGUCCUCUAGUGGACACCUGGUGGCAGACAGAGACGGGAGGAGUCUGCAUCGCUCCUCGUCCUGCAGAGGAAGGAGCUCCCAUCCUUCCUGCCAUGGCCAUGAGGCCGUUCUUCGGCAUCCAGCCGGCUCUGAUGGGAGAGAAGGGUGAGCCCCUCUCCGGUAACUCCGUCAGCGGUGCUCUGGUUCUGGCCCAGCCCUGGCCCGGUAUGGCCCGGACCAUCUACAGAGACCACGAGAGGUUCCUGGAGGCUUACUUCAAACCGUACCCAGGUUUCUACUGUACGGGGGACGGAGCGUACCGGUCUGAGGACGGUUUCUACCAGAUCACCGGACGCAUGGAUGAUGUCAUCAACGUGAGCGGCCAUCGGCUUGGUACGGCAGAGAUAGAGGACGCACUGGACGAACAUCCAGAUGUUCCAGAAACAGCUGUGAUAGGAAUCCCACAUGACAUCAAAGGAGAAGUGCCGUUUGCCUUCGUGGUUCUGAAGGAGGGGAGCGGCGCCGCCCCCCCCGCCGUCCUGCAGCAGCUGCGUCUCCUCGUCGCCACCAAGAUCGCCAAGUACGCCGUCCCCGAGCACUUCCUGGUGGUGCCUAGGCUGCCUAAGACCCGCUCCGGGAAGAUCAUGAGACGCAUCCUCAGGAAGGUUGCCGUGGGGACGACCGGCGACCUUGGCGACGUUUCGACGCUCGACGACCCGUCCGUCGUCAUGGAGAUCAUCAAAGCUUACGAAGAGCAGAGAAAACAGGAGGAGAAGAAGAAGUAG